CUUGGCAAAUCGCGGGGUCAAUCAACCGCUCUGCUUCGGCGCCUUUGCAUCAUUGAAACCGAAGCCAAACGCCCCACGGUACUUUCCUUUCCAUUCAGAUCCUGCUUGCGUAUCCACACAUUCCCGUAGCAGGAUUGCAACAACGCCAUGUCAGACUGGAGACAGGAGUAUCUCGCCGGCAUCAGAGAUGCCGAAAAGCAGCAUCCAGUCAAUCAAGAGCUUAUCUCGGCGUAUUCGCAACUGCUCGACCGUGUCUCCGUCCUCGAAGCUGAGAAAGCCGCCCGCGAAACCCAGGCCCAGCCCUCCGCUCCCCCACCCAAAUCCGGCACUUCGAAAGACCCAACACCCCCGCCUCCCGACUCCUCUUCCCCGGACGACACUCCCUUAGUAGCACGACUCCGCCUUGAGCUGGCCGAAGCUCUCCGCGCAAAAGGGCAAUUCCAACAACGUCUCCAGGCGGCAGAGGAGGAGCUCGCACGCCUCCGCAGCAAGACAGCCUCCGACUCCAAAGCGCUCCGUGAUCUCACGGCUGAGCGGCGUACUCUCGCCUUGAAGUUGCGAGACCGCGAGGAGGAGCUCCGCGUCAAAACCAAGCUCGUUGCGGACGUACAGGACGAGCUGGCGGUGCUCAACAUGCAGCUCGACAUGGUGGAAAGGAGGCGAGCCGAACAGGAAGCCGAGAACAAGCAACUCGUCGAGAGAUUCAUGAAGCGGGUAGGACAGGAGGUUGAGGCCAUGAACCUAGCAAACGAUCCCCUGUUCAACCGGCGGAAAUGACCGCACAAGUCAAGGAUUCGGAAGAGAA